AUUUCUAUAUCGUAUCACGAAUACCUGGUGCCCUCCCACGCCGGUGAGAGAACCAGUUUUAUUAGCUUCACGCAAGCAGUCAGUCAUUCAGUGUCACGAGAAUCUGUUGCUAAAUUAAGAUGUAAAGGCUAGACACGAAAACUCGGUACAAAAACAUCAUGGUUUUCGAAUCCUUAGUAGCUGACCUUAUCAACAAAUAUCUAGGAGAUUUCGUAGAAAAUCUGGACAGAUCGCAACUGAAGAUCGGAAUUUGGGGAGGAGAUGUUGUUCUUCAGAACUUGGACCUGAAAGAGAGCGCACUGGAUGAUUUGGAUCUUCCAGUGAAGAUUAAAGCUGGACAUAUUGGAAAGUUGACAUUAAAGAUUCCAUGGAAGAACUUGUACAAAGAGGCGGUGAUUGCGUCCAUUGAUGGACUGUAUGCCCUCGCUGUUCCGAAUGCAGCUAUCAAAUAUAAUGCUGAGAAGGAAGAAAAGGCAAAACAAGAAUCGAAGCAGAAAAAAUUACAACAGAUGGAGGAGGCUAAGAAAGCUGCUGCUGAGAAAGGUAAAGAAACGGAGCAGAAGAGAGAUUCGUUUGCAGAGAAAAUGGCUGCCCAGAUCAUCAAGAACCUUCAGGUGCAGGUUCAGAAUAUCCACAUCCGAUACGAAGACGCGUACACCAAUCCCGCCCACCCCUUCGCUAUUGGAGUCAGCCUGGCAGAACUUCUCUUCCAGACUACAGAUGAAAACUGGAAACCAUGCGUUCUAAAAGAAGUCGUGAACCAAGUUUUCAAGUUAGUGAAGUUGGAUUCUCUAGCGGUGUACUGGGACAGUAGUGCCGAGUUGUAUUCCUCACUAGAGAAUGUUCGACUCCUUGAGAAAUUAGGAAAAGAAAUAGCAGGAAAAGACCACUCAACGACACACCAGUUCUUAAUCAAGCCAAUCUCCUCGGUGGCCCACCUCAAACUGAACAUGAAGCCGGAGUUGAACAACUUCAGUCUUCCUAAGGCCUUCCUCACGGUAGUGUUCGAUGAGAUCGCUGUUGGAUUGUCGAAACUCCAGUAUAAUGACGUUCUAGAGAUGUUGGAAUCAUUUGAGAGGAUGUAUCUAAUGAGUGUCUACAGGAAAUACCGUCCUGACGUUCCUCUCCACAAAAACGCCAAAACAUGGUGGCAUUUCGCACGAGACAGUGUAUUGGAAGAAACAGUGCGGAGGAGACGACGGAUGUUUUCAUGGAGCCACAUAAUUGAGCACCGCGUCACCAUGAAGAAGUAUCGAGAUGCCUACGUGAAAAAAUUAUCCAACCCGAAGAAAGUGCCAAAGGAUGUACAGAAAGAAAUUGAGGACUAUGAAAAGAUUCUGGACGUUUUCUGUAUCACUCUGAUGAGGUCGCAGGCUGAGGUGGAGGCUGCCAAACUUGGAGCAAAGAAGGCAGAGGAAAAAUCUGGGGGUUGGUUUGGAGGCUUGUUUGGGGGCAAGAAGAAAAAACAGGAAGGCAAAGAGGAAAAGGACAUAAAGGAACAAUUUGAAGAUGAAUUCAGUGAGAAAGAGAAAGCUAAGCUGUAUGAAGCUAUCGGUUACCAAGAAAAUGAGACUGAUCCUACACUUCCGAAAGAGUUUGUCGCAGUAAGACUGGUCACCAAGCUGAGUAGUUUGUCACUGACUCUAAACGACGAAACCAAAAAGGAACCUCAGAUUGUGAAGUUGCAGCUGAGAGAUGUAUAUGCAAAUGUUGGUCAAAGACCAGCGGACAGUGCCGUACAAGUGGAUGGCAAGAUUGACAAGUUCACCGUGGUGGGGUCACCACAAGGUGGCACCCUGCCCAGAAUGGUGGUGUCGCAGAACGAGGAACAGAAGGUCGUGUAUUCCUUGCUGAACUUCCUCCUAGAGACGAAUCCACUGGACCGGAAAUGUGACACUCGAGUCGUCCUGGAGGCGCGGCCUCUACAGAUUGUGUAUGAUGCGAUAUCUGUGAACAACUUGGCCGAUUUCUUCAAACCACCGAAAGAAGUGUAUCUAAAGCAGUUGUCGCGAGCUGCCAUGGCGAAGUUCGAAGACAUUAAAGAACAGUCGGCGACGGGGCUGAAACACGCAAUAGAGCAACACAAGUACACCGACAUCCGCGUCGACCUGAAGCCGUCGUACGUCAUCAUUCCACACGGGGGAUACUACAAAAAGGGGGCAGUUAAUAUGCUUGUCCUAGACCUUGGAAAUCUGAAGGUCAAUAGUGAAAAAAACACAGCUGGGGAUAAUAAGGCAAUAGCAGUGGAAGAUAUGAUGUCCAGAGCGUAUGACAACUUUAAAAUCAAACUAGACAGAGUACAGCUUCUCUAUGCAAAACCAGGAGAAGACUGGAAUUCAGCGAGGUCUGUGGGAAAUUCUCUCCAACACGUUCUUCACCCAAUCUCUAUCAACCUCCUUGUACAGAAGAGCAUGUUUGACAAUGAUAGGCGACUGGCGAAGUUGAAGAUAUCGGGGGAUCUCCCCUUGCUGAGCCUCAGUCUGUCUGACCGGAGGUUACAGGAAAUUCUACAGCUGGCCCAGAGUAUUCCACUUCCUGAGGGAGAGGACCUGCAGGAAGAGGAAAAUAUUGAGAUAUUCUCUGACUCCCUAGACAUUCCGUUGGACAUUAAUGAGAACCAGUUAAUGAAGAAAGUAGUAGUUGUAUCAACGGAGCUGGCGGAACAGGAAAACCUCCAGUCUCCCCGCCCACAAGAUGUAGUAAACAGAACCAUCAUGGAAAUGAAGUUCGAGAUUAAAGAGGUGUCGAUUUCUCUACAAGAACACACAGACUCUGGAGAAAUCCCGAUGAUUAAACUGGUUCUCCAUGCUCUGGGUACCAAGGCAACCACACGAAAGUUUGACAUGGAAGCGGAAGCAUAUUUAGGAGGAAUUUAUCUUCAACAUUUGAAGUUCAAAGCCACAGACAGUUUGAAUCAUCAGUUACAAUCUCUGACAUCAUCAGCAAUGGAAGGCGGUCCCCUGAUCAAUCUGAUAAACACACCCUCAGAUGAUGAGACCCGACUACUCACAUUCAAUUUCCACAAGGCUGAUCCAGAGGGACCAGAGUUCGCCACAACAUUUGAGAACACGGAGCAGACCAUUGAUGUCAGAUUUACCUCCCUUGAAGUCCUCCUCCACCAGGAAGCACUGCUGAGUGUGAUGAAAUUCGCAGCACAGCUACAACAGAGCUUACAGGUCAGGGAAUCCCCACCCAAAGAAAUGAAACCAGAGGAAACAAAAAAGCAAAGUCAGAAAGAAGACCCCCUUGCAGAACCCUCAACAAAUAAACGAACCUCCUCCAAAAGCAGGAAGAAAGAAACUGAGGACACUGAAAACAGAAUUAACUUGCGGGUCACGGCGGAGCUGGAGGGAUUCGGGGUGGCAAUGUGCACCAAUGAUAAUGUCAUCACCAACAUUCAGAUUAACGGAAUAUCGGCAGGUGUCAUUUUACAAAACAGCAAAACCAGCGUGACAUCGGAACUAAGGGAGGUCACUGUGUACGAUGUAAAUUCGAAAACAAAUUAUCCAAAGAUCAUGGAGAUCCGGGGAGAUUCUGUGUUGAAGCUGUCUCUUAUAAUUUACAACAAUGCGACGGAGGGUGAGAAAUAUUCGGACAUGUCGAGCGUGGAUACUCGUGUCGAUGUACAGCUGGGGUGUAUCAGGGCGGUGUUUCUGAUGAGAUUCAUCACGGAUCUGCUGGAAUAUAUGAAUGGCUAUCAAGUUGAGGAGUUGGAAACUCAGAUUGAGGCUGCUCGAGAGAAAGUCCGGGAGGCAUCAGAAGCAGUUGCAGAAAGUGCGAAGGGAGCCGUCGCUCGUCUUGCAGAAAAAUCACCGCGGGUAGCAAUCAAAGUGACAAUGAGUGCACCAGUUAUCUUAGUGCCCCAGAAAUCUGACUCGCAGAGCGUGCUCCUGGUGGAUUUUGGACACUUGGAGGUUGGGAAUAUAUUUAGUCCAGUAAAAACGACAGAGGAAAUUCCAGCUGUUUUGGACUCCAUGAGGAUUUGUCUGAAGUCCCUGAAAAUUGCCAGGGCGGAGUUAGAUGACAGCGGUGAUGUUAUUGGUCAGUGCCUGAUUCUGGAACCGGUCAAUGUUAACCUGUCUGUCACGAGGAAUCUAGCGUUUGCCUGGUACAAGGAAAUUCCAGCUGUGGACAUCAGUGGUCAAUUAGAGAGGAUAUCUGCCACCAUGAGUCAAGGGGACUACAAAGUCAUCAUGACCUUGCUGAAUGACAAUUUCUCUGAAGGUCAGAAAUCUGACAGUGUGACCAGUCCGGUCAAACCCAAGGACACGGAAGCUGCAGCACUGACACAGGAUGGAGGAACUCAACAGCCAGACUCACUCAACGCAGGUUCUCCGUCGAUAACAGUUACUCCCCCUGAACAGUCGGACACAUUUAAGCUGUACACACAACUCCGGUUUAACUUCCAGAUCACCACUCUCUCAGCCACGCUGUACAUCGGAGAGAGCAGCCUGACAAAAGAAGGCGAGAAUUCUCGAUCUGCAGAAAAUGCUUUGGGUCAGUUCAUGUUGGAGGUCAUAGGGGUCGAAGGUCAGAUGAAGAGUGAUGGCUCGAUGACAACGAAGGUGAUACUCAAGGACACAGUGCUGGACGACAAAAGGAAACAGAAACAGGAAGGAGGGGUCAAAAGCUCUCAUGCGGCAGCCAUCAGGAUGGUAGAGCGAUUGUCAGGAGAGGGAAAACAGGACAACAUGAUAGAUGUGAACUUUACACAGGAUCCUAGCCAGGAUAAAGAUAUACAAGUGAAGAUUUCCAGUAUCAGGGUUGUAGUAUGUCUUGAUUUCCUGAUGACCCUUGGUGAAUUUUUCACCAGUGGCUUACCCGAGGCCAAACCCGAGGCAAAAGCAGCAUCUCAGACUCCGACACAAAACAGAGCAGCCACUCCAACCAAAGCUCCACCCCCCACUAGUGAUAUGUCAAUAAUUGUUUCCAUGGAGAAACCAGAAAUCAUUCUGAUUGAGGACCAGAUGGAUCCCACAUCCAACGCACUCCUGUUAGGGAUGGAGGUGAUGUUCCGUAUGCGUGUGACCCCAGAGACACAAGACAUGUCAGCAAGUGUCAACAACCUACAAAUCGCAUCAGCCGUCUUCAAUGAGAGGGACAAGCGGAAGUCUCAGAUCUUGAAUCCAUGUGAUAUCUCCUACUAUAGUAAAGUUCCACAUGGUAGAUCCCCACACAUGGACAUCUCGACGACAGACUUGAUUCUCAACAUAUCUCCUCGCACGAUACGGACAAUCACAUUGAUAACCGCCAACCUCUCCAAGCAAGAGGAGGCAAAGGAAGACGAAACCAAGGCAAGACUUGCAUUGGACCUGUGGAGUGUUAAGAAAGUUUCAGAUCGUCAGUUCUGGUUCCUGAAAGAGGAGGAAGGGGCGGAAACUAUAAUGAUGGACAGCUUGUCACCUGCUCUUGGAUUGGAGGAGGAGGUGGAGCGUGGAGAACUACUGAUUAUGAAGAUUCCUAACGUUGUUGUGAAGUUGGAGGGUGGGGUUGGUAAACGCACCGUUCCUCUCCUUAUCGCAGAAUCCUCAUUUGAUGCUCAGGUCAAAAACUGGAGCUCAAAGCUUGAGGUUGAGUGUAAUGCUAAGCUGGAAGUGGCUUUCUACAAUGAGAAGCUGUCUGUCUGGGAAUCAUUGGUGGAACCUGUGAUGGAUAAUGGAAAAAUGAAGAAAUGGGAUCUUGGGCUUCAGGUGUUGAAGAAUGAUGACCUGCCCCCAGAAGAGGAGGAUGAAGAAGAGGACUCUAAAAAUAUUGUGCUACCUCCACCUAAAAUGUCCAUCAACAUUCAGUCUCACGAUCCACUGGAAAUCACUGUUACCAAGACGUGUUUGGAGGUCUUGAACAACCUCACCAAGGCAUUUGGAGAUGCAUACAAACUUGUGACUCCAGCUGAGGAGGCAGGAACAGUUCUCUCCCCUUACGUGAUCAACAACCACACAGGAAUACCUGUUGUCCUGAAACUGGACAAUGCGUUUGAGAUGCCUACGGAGGUGAAGAAUGGUAAGAUGGUGCUGGAAUCGGAACAGUCUCUCCCUCUGUACGGGAGAAAGCGGGCAGUACUGAAACGUCAGGCGUCUGUCAUCAAAUCCACACAGGACGGUGACGAGAAAAAAUUCAUCUUCCAGAUUGAAAAAUUUGGUGCUACUAGGGAGGUGACUAUCAAACGAACGGAGAAACGCUUGUACCCGGUCAACCAUAAAACAUAUCCUGGUGACACAUGGGCCAUAGUGUGUAGUACAGAGGCUAUGAUUGGUCAGAAAAGCAUUCAUCUCAGGUCCAUUGUACAGAUGAAAAACAAUCUUCCGAAUGCUGUGGAGAUUUUUUUCCGAAGCGAAAAGAGCUUGAUGUCAUGCGGUGUGGUUCGACCCGGAGACGUAUUUAAUGUCCCACUUCCUGCUGUGUACACUCCAGAUGGACAAUUUCUUUUGAAACCUCAAACUGAAAAUUGUGAAAUAUCCAAAGUUCCAAUCUGUUGGCGGACGGUGGAGAGCUCACCGAAGAUCUACGUACCGUGUCCGUAUAAAGACGGGUCGGAUUACGUCAUAUGUGUGAGGUCGGAGGUCAUUCCUGUUUAUUACGAUGAGACGGAGGAAUUGUCAGCGAAGACGUACCUGUUCCACCUGUCGCCGUCCAUCGUCUUCCACAACCUUCUGAAUAUUCCCAUCACUUUCCUACUGGAGGGGAUGGGUUCAGAAGUCUCCCUGAGCAGUGGAGAGAACACCGCCCUUCUUCACGCAAUGCCAGGAAAGUCCCACUUAGAAGUUGGGAUCCCCCAGUACCAGGACCUGGAAUGGCAUGGGAGACAACUGCUGUCUGGCAGUCUCCCACAGCUCUCUAUGUGGAUGUUCACGGCUGUUUUUAAGGGACCCCAGAAAAUUUCAUUGAAUUUAGGCCUACACUGUACGGACAAUGAAGGAUGCCUAGACAUAUCUCUCUACAGUCCAUAUUGGUUGAUCAACAAGACCGGGAAAACUCUGUAUUUCAAGGGCAGCGAUUCAGAUGAGGUUGUAGAACACCCUGCUGAGAAACAGGAAGUGACGUUUUUCUCCUUCAAACCAAAAACAUCGAUCGUAGGAAAGAAAAAGGCCAGUAAACCAGAAAAGGAAGACAGAAACAAGAAAGUGAAGGAAUGGCGCCAAGUGGGUAAAGUGUCGUUAAGGAUCGGAGACACUGAUUGGUCAGACAAGUUUUCCCUGGAUACGGUGGGAAGCUCAGGAACCAUCCAGAGUAAAACAAAAUCCAGAUUGUAUGAGGUUGGAGUGAAAAUUCGCCUGUCAAGCUCCGGACUAACCAAGAUCUGCACCUUCACUCCUAUGUACAUGCUGCUGAACACAUCCCAUGUCUCUUUGUUAUGUACAGAAGCUAGGAAAGAAGAGGAGUGGAUCCAAGUUCCACCCAAAUCAUGUCUGCCAUUUUGGCCAGUGUAUUCUGGGAAAGAAAUGACCAUGAAGGCCAAAGUAAAAGAUUCUUUGUACUGUACGACACCAUUCUACUUCAACAAACCCCACACCACACUGCUGAGAGUGGACGAUGAGAUGGGAGGAAUAAACGUAGACUGUCAGGUUACAGAGGCUGCCACAGUAACGACCUUGACAACAUAUAAAUCUGGCAUGGCAACUGUCCUAAUGAUCAACAGCACUGACUGCACCACAGUCAAGUUCAACCAAAGUGGGGAGAAGUCGGCCCACGUCCUGGAACCUAAUGAGACGGUGUUGUACACCUGGGAAAAUGCUGUAGGAAAAAGAGAACUAGAGUGGAGCUCAGGGGAGAUCAAGUCUCAGAAAACUGACCUUAUACAGGAUGGCACUGGCAGCUUUUUCUUCGACUCGGACACUAAGAUCUACUGGGUGUCGUUUCUGGAUGGACUUCAGAGGAUCCUGUUAUUUACGGAGGACCUCGCUGUGGCCAUCAAUGCUCAGGAGGCUGGAGAGUUGGAGAGAAUUGAGCAGGAAAUCAAUGUGUCGUUAAAGAGUGUGGGUGUGUCAUUAGUCAAUGACGUUGUGCAGACAGAGGUAGCUUACCUGGGAAUUACAAGUUCGGGGAUUAUUUGGGAGGAAAAGAAGAAAAGAUACAAAGCGCUGAACCUGAAGACAACGACGCUGUUAGAGACAGCCUACCAGAAAUACGUCACAGACCUAGAACUGGGUCACAGGCCGCCGGAGAAAUUAAUGCUCGACAACAAGAUGGAGGUAAACUUCCAGGAGAUGCGGAUGUUGAAGCCGAAUCAGCGGGGGAUCCGGAGGAGUUUCCAGGAUGGGGUGUGGAUCCAGUAUAAAACAUCUCCACACCAGCUUCAAGUCCACGCCAAAAUCAACCGGCUCCAGUUGGAUAAUCAAACCAACGGAUAUGUCUUCCCCACUGUCCUGGCUCCGAUACCUCCGCCGAAAUCCGUGGCAUCCGACAGUGUUCCCAAACCUUUUGCGGAAGUCAGCAUUAUGUCGAGGAAGCACGAACACAGCAACAUGUUACAAUUCAAGUAUUUCAAAGUCUUAGUGCAAGAGAUGUCCUUGAAGGUUGACCAGGGAUUCUUGAAUAAUGUCAUAGACCUAUUUACAUCCAACCAGCAGGUGUCAAGAGAUCAAGAGAGGGAGAUGUUGGAGGAAGAUGUGAAGGGAGUGUACACGGUGUUGUUGGAGGAAGCAGGACUGUCUCUGGCCGAGGAACAGAAGAAUUUCUACGACUAUCUCCACUUCUCUCCCAUCAAGAUACACUUGAGCUUCUCGCUCCAGGGCGGGAAGGGAGGGGAUGGAAAGGCGGUGCAUCUCCACGCAGACAUCAUAAAUGUCUUCCUGCAGAGUGUGGGUGUGGUCCUCACAGACGUUCAAGAUGUUGUGUUUAAGCUGGGAUUUUUCCAGCGAGAGCACAGAUUUUACAACCAGUCCCAGCUGAAUGGGGAAAUGGGACGCCACUAUGCAGGACAAGCCGUCAAACAGCUCUAUGUGUUAGUCCUCGGGCUGGACGUCCUCGGGAAUCCGUUCGGACUCCUACGUGGCAUGGCGGAGGGAGUAGAAGACUUAUUCUAUGAACCUUACCAGGGUGCUAUCCAGGGGCCGGAAGAGUUUGCUGAGGGUCUUGCUCUAGGGGUCCGUAGUCUCUUGGGACAUGCUGUUGGUGGUGCUGCAGGUGCUGUUUCCCGGAUCACUGGUACGAUCGGAAAGGGAUUAGCAGCCCUGACAUUCGACGAUGAGUACCAGAAAAAAAGACGGGAGGGUCUCAACAAAAAGCCUGCCAACAUUGGGGAGGGUUUUGCUCGAGGUGGCAAGGGGCUAGUAAUGGGCGUUUUUGAUGGAGUUACGGGGAUUGUCAGAAAGCCGAUAGAGGGCGCCCAAAAAGAAGGAGUUGAGGGAUUUUUUAAAGGAAUUGGGAAAGGUUUAGUGGGCGUGGUCACAAGACCGACCAGUGGAGUGAUUGACUUUGCCAGCAGCUCAUUCGAAGGAAUAAAAAGGAUUGCUGAAAUGUCUGAUGAUGUUGGUCGACUCCGUCCUCCCCGAAGAUUCCAUGCUGACAAAGUCGUUAGACCAUACAAUAUUGUGGAGGCCUCGGGAUACGCCAUUCUACAAGAAACUGAGAAAGGAAAGUAUGCAGAAACUGACGAGUAUGUGGCUCAUUCUGUCAUCAUAGGAGAUGGCAAGUCCACCAAGAGUGUCCUCAUAGUCACCGAUAGGCGGGUUAUUUAUGCAAACAGAGGAGACAUUUUCGGACAUUGGGACGCUGAAUGGACGCACACGUGGAGUGAACUGAAAGAAAAGCCAAAGAGGUCUGCUAAAGGGGUAGAGUUUCUUCUGAAGGAUGAAAAAAAGAAAAAGUUUCCCUUUCAACUAGGAAGUUCUGCCAAGAAGAUUGAAGUGCACAUAUCCGAUCCCAAGCGAGCGGAGUGGCUGGUUGGGAAAAUCGCGGAAGCUAUGGAAAUGAAGUAGACGGGGUUGACAGGCAGACAAGAACUCUCGAAGCAUUUUAUUUUUUGUAGUAGUAUUUACCCUAGAUUCAAACAUGACACCAUUCUCAAAUGACUAAUUUGGUUAUAAAGCCUAUAUACUGUAGCUGAAGUUGUCGCCAGGUGAGAACAAAAACACGCAAUAAAUCUGAGGGAGAUUUUAAUUGUAGGUUUCCACUGCUUCCAAUCUGUUACUAUUCUUUCAUUGUUUUUGUCAUCAGCCUACAUUGUAUAAUAUCUGUGUUUAGGAAUUUUAUUCCAUUAUAUGUUAAUUUACUUGUUUGAGCAAUAUUUCAACAAAAUACUGGUGUAUAUAUAUAUAUGAAAACAUUGUAAUUAUAGAAUAGAUUACGAUUUCUUAUUUUAUAUAAAUACUGAGUUUAAUUAAGUAAUUCACAAACAUUUUUCUAGUUCAAUUAAACCCAAUCCACAGAAUGCUCGAUCGAUUUAAGUGCAGCUUAUCAGGCAUUGAGAGAAACUUAUCUUGGUGAGAGAACUUUGGCCUUGACCUUGAUAAGAGAACUUGACCUUGAUGAAAGAACUUUGGUAUGUAGAUUGUCAUGACCUUUGAUUCUCUAAAUAGCCAUGCUGGAAAUGUUGAUUUUUUUCCCCCGCUUUAUUGCCUGAUGAACAUAUGAAAACAGGUAGGGACAGGUCAUGUGAUCUUUACAGAACAAGUCAUGUGAUCUUUGCUGAACAAGUCAUGUGAUCUUUACAGAACAAGUCAUGUGAUCUUUAACAGGAAAAACUGGAAAUAAAUUAUAUCGUAUAUGAUGAUAGCUUUAUGAUAUUUAACAGUAUGAGGAUAGCUACCCUAUGUUUUACACCCAUUCUCAGCACACUCUGUUGUAUCAGAGCUUUUGUUUUGUCUGCUAUGUAUAAGGACUUCAGAUUUUGCCUACAGUUAAAAACUUGAAAUUUUGGAACCCCUGUAAGUAUGUUAUAUAUGUGUUCGUACUGUCAACACAUUCCCUUUGUAUAGUUAAGGUAUAAGUAUAAUAAUAUAAUUGUUGUGAUCAAAUUCUUUUUGUGUGGGUGUGUUUUGAUACAGUGAGUUUAACACCAUGCGUUUAUUGUGCCUAAUUCUGUUGUUAAUAUAUUUUUUUAUUGUUCUUUUUUUUUUUGUCAUAAACUUAUUUUCAUUUUAGAUUGAAAUAUUGUGAUGAUGUCAGUUGUUCGUUGUUGUUUGUUUUUUUUCCAUCUAUUUUGAAGUUGGUAUUUACUAUACACAAAAUUAUCACACACUAUUACAGCCAAAAUUCUCUCAUAAGAUCAGGGUCGGCCCAUGUACUCACAUUAUUAUUUUUUUUCAUUUUGUUUUCAUGUUGGUAAACUGAAUCAUGAUACUUAAGUCACAUUGGUGUAAACUAGAUACAGUGAAACCUGACUAAUCCGAAUAUGUUGUACUGAAUACAGUGAAACCUGACCAAUCCGGAUAGGUUGGCCGGAAUACAGUGAAACCUGACUAAUCCAGAUAUGUGGGAUUGAAUACAGUGAAACCUGACUAAUCCCGAUAUGUUGGACUGUCUAUGUAAAAUGAAAGUCUCUUUAAUUUUUGGGGAUUAACUUGUUGAGAAUUUUGUUUACAGUAACAAUCGAUUUUAUCGGUAGUGGCUGUCAUUUCGUUUCCAUUAAUAUCUUAGGCCCAAUGUAAAAUAUAUGUGUGUUUCCUAUUUCACUCCCCCCAAAAUAGGUAGAUUAAACAUUUCAUUUUGUUAAAACAUUUUAUUUGAAAUCCUAGUUUUUGAUACACUUUGAAUACAUGUCUAUAUAUACUUUUUAAACAUAUUGAAGAUCAAUAGUAGUCAAAAUAUAAGUUAAAGAAACUCAAAUGCAAAAAGAAUAAAAUUUCUAAUUUGAAAAUUGCAGAUUUUUAUUACAUUUAUAUUUACGUGUAUUGUCAAUAAAAUCUUUAAGGAGUUGAUUGGAUCAAGAAACCAGAAACACACAUAGAUUUUAAUUUGGCCUUAGAAAAGAAAAGCAUGGAAAUUGGUCACCAUAAUCCGUCACAAAUUCUUGCCUAUUGAGUUGUGUAUUUAUGUAAUUUUUUUAUUUUACUUUUCCCUUAUAAUUUAUUGUAGAAGGCUUUUUCCAUAUGAUUUAUUAUAUAAGACUUAUCUACUUACAAAUCUGUUGUAAUGAAAGCUGAUUAUUAAGUAUUGUAUGGGUACAGCUGAUCGCUUUAUUUAGUUUACUAUUUUGUUUUGUUUGAUUUUCUUUGAUGUCUCUUUCGCUUUGAAUUAGGUAUUACAGUACGGCCUGUUUACAGCAGACAUCACCACUCCGAACAUUUGUGUUUGAUAUACUACAGUACGGCCUGUUUACAUUAAAACACGCUAAUUGUGACGUGGUGGGGAUGAACAAUUUUAAUGCGUUAUAAACGUAAUUCUUUAUAUCCAAUAAGUUUAUAUGAAGAAUAAAAAUCAUUUCGCUGUAAGCAUGAAUUCAUUAUAAGUGUGUUCACUAUAACAAUGUUUUACUGUACAUCACUCAAACACUUGUGUUAAGAUAGCCAAUGUAUUUAAUGAAAGAAGAUAGAACAGUUUUGAAUGAUUUAAGUCAAAAUAAAUGUUUAUUGUUAAAUACAGUUGAAAAUGAAAUAAUCCAAGUUCACAUGACUAGAAAAAUAAUUAGAAGUCAUCUUUUUGGACUUAAAAUUUUUAGACGAGUUAUCUGCCCUUGUUAAAAAAAAAAUUAAAAAUCUAAUUUUCUUAAAAUAUCUGCGGUUAAUGAUGCAAAAGUUCGUGUAACUUUUUACAAAGAGAUUUGUAUUGAAAUGCACAGUCCGGAGUCCACAUGUAGAUUUUUUGAAAUGGGAGAGGAUUGUACAUAUUGGCCGUGGUUUGUGAUAAUGAAAAAUGCCUUUCUUGUAGAAGUAUUGUUAUAAGCAUGCUCUUCCCUUUACACUUUACACUUCACACUUUACACACUACACUUUACACUUUACACUUCACACUUUACACUUCACACUUUACACUUCACACUUUACACUUCACACUUUACUUCACACUUCACACUUUACACUUCACACUUUACACUUUAUACUUCACACUUCACACUUUACACUUCACACUUUACUUCACACUUUACACUUCACACUUUACACUUCACACUUUACACUUCACACUUUACAUUUCACACUUUACUUCACACUACACACUUUACACUACACACUUUACUUCACACUUUACACUUCACACUACACACGUUACAGUACACACUUUACACACUACACUUCACACUUUACACUUCACACUUUACACUUUACACUUCACACUUUACACUUCACACUUUACUUCACACUUUACACUUUAUACUUCACACUUUACACUACACACUUUACACUACACACUUUACUUCACACUACACACUUUACACUACACACUUUACUUCACACUUUACACUUCACACUACACACUUUACACUACACACUUUACACACUACACUUCACACUUUACACACUACACUGUACACUUUACACUUCACACUCUACACUUUACACCUCACACUUUACACUUCACACUUUACACUUCAGUGUAACAUGCAAGGUGAAAUUAAUCAAGUAGUAGGCCAACUUUUGUAAAUGUGUUUAUAUAUUUAAUAAACCCUUCAAAAUGAUACCAUGAUUACAAAAAUCCCACCAUCCAAUAUAUAUACCUUAAAUGGGGAAAAUCCAUCACUUGAGAAAACUGAUGUUUGAGUUCUGUACACUCUCAUGUUCAGGAUUUGUUGCAUGUAUAUAUGAAUUUGUGAAAGUUGAAUUCAGAUGUUCAUGUUGGGGGAUGGGGGGUGCUGUCCAUAUUGAAAUGCUGUCUAUGGAAAAUGAAUCAGAAGGCAGUGUAUAUUAAUGUAAUGUAGAGUAUUCUAGUUAACACAUUGAAUUUCAUUCUGUGAUAUGGGCCUUUGCCAAUAAUUGUUAUUGUGCUUUUGCAAAUAAGUCAUUUGUCAUUAUUAAGAACCAUUAUAAAGGGCAGAAAACUCUUGUCAUUUUAGGAACCAUUGCAAAGUGCAGAUAAUUCUUGUUUUAGGAACCGUUGUAAGGGGCAGAUAAUUCUUGUUAUUUUAGGAACCAUUACAAAGGGCUUAUACUUCUUAUUAUUUUAGGAACCAUUGUACAGGGCAGUUAAUUAUAGUUUUUGGGAACCGUUGUAAAGGACAGAUAACUCGUUAUUUUAGGAACCGUUGUAAAGGACAGAUAACUUAUUAUUUUAGGAACCGUUGUAAGGGCAGAUAAUUCUUGGUUUUAGGAACUUGUGCUUUGUAUUGAAACCAAUGCAUUCCUAAUUUUCACGAUUACAUGUGUUCCUUUGUGAUAUUAACCGUUAAUUUUCACGAUUACAUGUGUUUCUGUGUUAUAUUAUCCGCCCCUCCUAUAGUAGUUUGCAUUUAGUUUAUCGUUGUAUCCAUUUACAUUUCAUUUGAAAUACAUUAACUGCUGUUGGCAUAAAAUGCCAGCCAUAGAUUCUUUAAGAUGGAUCGGUCUUGCUCAGCAUUUUCCAAAACUAGACUUAAAGGAUCUGUAAAUUUUAACGGGGGGGGGGGGGGGGGGGGGGCUUUCCGCCGAAGCAAUGGAAGAUGACUUUCAGACGCGUCUGUAAAAACGUCUGUGGGCGGGUUCAGUUACACUAUUAACGCGUCUGUAAAAACGUCUGUUUGCGGGCGGGUUCGGUUACACUGUAUUAACGCGUGCUAAAAUUCUAUGAUUAGUAUCAUUUAGUGUCUGCAAUGUAUGUUGUAUGUUUAGUGACAUUUAGUCCCUGUCAUGUUUUAUGUUUAGUGACAUUUAGUCCCUGUCAUGCUUCUUGUAUGUUUUUUGUUUAGUGACAUUUAGUCCCUGUCAUGCUUGUUCCCGCAUUUCAAUAAAGUGCAAUAAAACUUCCA